AUGUGCCUUGAAAUAUUCUAUCUUAUCUGGCUAGAUGCUAACGCAAAUGGUAAAGAGACUAGAGAUACAGAGCAAAAAUUACGGUCUAUUAUUAAUAAUCUAAAGAAGUUUCAAGAUGUUAAGCAAUGUCAAAAAUAUAUUGAGGAACGAUCAAAAAACGAUCGAUUGGUUAUGAUUGUUAGUGGUCAAUUUGGACGAGAAAUAGUCCCAUCUAUUCAUAAACUUCGACAAGUUAUAUCGAUUUACGUCUAUUGUUUUGAUAAAGUGCGUAACAAACAAUGGUCCGAUAAAUUUGCAAAAGUAAAAGCAGUUGUCACUGAAUUGGGUGAACUAAUCGCUCGAAUUAAAGCUGAUCAUAAAAUUCAGAAAAUCGUAGAAGAGCCAUUGUCUAUUAAUAUUUUUACGACCGGUGGCACUUCAACAACAGGUGUAAAUGGUCAGUUUGUUUUUUCACAGAUUCUAAUUGAUUGCCUUCUGCGACUCAAAACUACCAAAGCAGAUAAAAAAGAACUUAUCGAUCAUUGUAAACAACAGUAUCAAGGCAACAGCGCUGAAUUGAGUAAUCUUCGUGAAUUUCGCGAAGACUACUCGUCUGAAAAAGCCCUAUGGUGGUACACACGUGAAUCGUUCUUUUACAAAACUCUUAAUGCAGCUUUACGUAACCAAAAUAUUCAUAUCAUUUUUUUAUUUCGUGGGUUUAUUUCUGAUAUUCAUCGUCAAUUGAAAGCGUACCAAGCGAAUGAUACUUUACGAGUUUACCGAAGUCAAAUGAUAUCCAGCAAUGAAUUGGAGACUUUGAGGCAAAGUUGUGAUCAAUUUAUUUCAAUCAAUUCAUUUUUUUCCACAAGUAUUGAUAAAGAACAAGCUCUGUCAUUUCUAAACAGUUGUGAUGUUGGAGACAACAUAGAACCAGUCUUGUUUGAAAUUGAUGCCAAUCCUGCGUUAGUCACUAGCAAACCAUUUGCUGAUGUCAGUCCUUACAGUGAAUUUACUGAUGAAUCCGAGGUCCUCUUUAUGCUUGGUUCGAUUUUUCGUUUACAAAACGUAAAGCGCAGCAGUGAUGGUCGAGUAUGGAUCGUCCGAAUGACUUUAUGUAGUGAUGAUGAACAUGAUUUAAAAAAAGUUCUCAUCUAUAUGAAACAACAACUUGGUAGUGGAGAAACAGAUCUUGAAACAUUUGGAAAACUAUUAUGGGAGAUGGGAAAACUUGAUUUGGCUGAAAAAUACUUUAUUCGUUUCUUAGAGCAACUCCCACUAAACAAUCCUUUACUUGCUAGACUGUAUGAAGAUCUUGCCAAAGUGGCAGCACAGAAAGGUGAUUAUGACAAGUGUAUGGAAUGGCGUCAGAAAGCUAUCGCAAUUGGCCCAAAUCAACCAACUUUCAACUCCAAAUCUACUAUUCCUAAACAAAGUAACUCUACAGGUAAGUUCAUUGAAUAA